UUUCGUGCGACCCUUCCGGAAGUGAGUGGUCGGAACCAAGAUGGCGCUUAGUUGGAGCGAGUUAGCGGAAGAAGCUGAUGUCGGUUAACGAGACAAACGGAACCGUUUAACUACUGACAGCACCGAAACAGCAGCAUCGAGGUUAACGGGGAAGCGUCAGAGGACACGAGCCACGGCCCAGGGCUCCGUUAGCGGCUGUGGUGAUGGCGGAGCGGCGGGUGGAGUGUACUUGGAAGAGACACAUCUCAGAGCAGCUGAAGCUCAGAGACCGGGUCCAGAGGCAGGCCUUCGAGGAGAUCAUCCACCAAUAUAAUCGUCUGCUGGAGAAGUCCGACCUCCAGGCUGUUCUGUCUGAGAGAUACCAGACUGACAAAUAUGACGUCCAGAGAGGACACGAGACCAGUUCGGGCUCAGACUCGAGUCGCAGUGAUGCUCUGCAGCAGGAAAUGGCUCAGAUGAGGAUCAGACACCAGGAGGAGCUGACGGAGCUUCACAAGAAGAGAGGAGAGCUGGCUCAGAGUGUGAUUGAACUGAACAACCAGAUCCAACAGAAGGACAAAGAGAUCCAGAGCAACGAGGCCAAGAUGUUGGAGUAUCAGCAGCAGAUUGCCAGCCUAGAGGGAGACUGUCGGGAGCUGAGGAGCUACCUGCAGGACCUGGAGCGGGCGAACCAGACCUUGAAGGACGAGUACGACGCCCUGCAGAUCACCUUCUCUGCUCUGGAGGAGAAGCUGAGGAAAACCACGGAGGACAACCAGGAGCUGGUGUCUCGCUGGAUGGCCGAGAAGGCUCAGGAGGCCAACAGGCUGAAUGCCGAGAACGAGAAGGACAGCAGACGACGACAGGCCAAACUGCAGAAGGAGCUUGCGGACGCUGCUAAAGAACCUCUGCCCAUCGACCCGGACGACGACAUCGAGGUCCUGGCCGAGGACGGAGGGAAGGGGGGUGGAGAGACCUCACCCAACAGACCACUCAGUAGAACUCCCAGUAAGAAAAUCUCUCAGCCUCCUCCUGGUGGACUCCUGGACUCUAUCUCCAACAUAUUUGGCGUGUCUGAGUGUGUUCAGCCUGGACUCCUCCCACCACACUCCAGGCGUCGAACUGCCAACUCUUUCAGUACCUCACCUGAGAACACAGAGGCUCCGUCAGGAGGCUGCGCCGAGGUCCGAGUCCCGACCACAGCUCUGCACGUGUUUGAGGCCCAUGAUGGUGAGGUAAACGCUGUCCGGUUCAGCCCAGGCUCUCGUCUCCUGGCGACGGGAGGGAUGGAUCGCAGGGUGAAGCUGUGGGAGGUCAUCGCAGGUCGCUGUGAGUCUAAAGGAGCGCUGACUGGCAGUAAUGCAGGAAUCACCAGCAUCGAGUUCGACAGUGCUGGUUCGUACCUGCUUGCGGCCUCUAAUGACUUCGCCAGUCGUAUCUGGACCGUGGACGACUACAGACUGAGGCACACUCUGACAGGUCACAGUGGGAAGGUGUUGUCAGCUCGUUUCCUAUUGGACAACGCUCGGAUCGUCUCCGGGAGCUACGACCGGACGCUCAAACUGUGGGACCUCCGCAGCAAAGUCUGUAUGAAGACGGUGUUUGCGGGCUCCAGCUGUAACGACAUCGUCUGCACAGAGCAGUGCGUCAUGAGCGGACACUUCGAUAAGAAGGUUCGGUUCUGGGACAUCAGAGCGGAGAGUAUCGUGCGGGAGCUGGAGCUGCUGGGCAGAGUGACGUCUCUGGACCUGAACCACGACCGGACUGAGCUGCUCACCUGCUCCAGAGAUGACCUGAUCAAGAUCAUCGACCUGCGCACCAACGCCGUCAGACAGACCUUCAGUGCUCAGGGCUUUAAGUGUGGAGCUGACUGGACCAGAGUCACCUUCAGUCCUGACGGCAGCUACGUGGCCGGAGGAUCAGCUGAUGGAGCUCUGUACGUCUGGAACGUCCUGACGGGGAAAGUGGACCGAACGCUGGACCGGAACCACAACUCUGCCAUUAACUCGGUGUCCUGGUCGCCGUCAGGAGCGUACGUGGCGAGCGUGGAGAAAGGCAGUAAGGCCAUCCUGUGGUCUGACAUGUGACUGGCUGAGUCCCAGCUGGACUGUGACGGAGACAGAGACUCUGUUCAGUGAGAGGACGAUUCAGCAGCUGGGCGGUCACGCUGCCGCCGUCGUCGUUGUCAUUAAUGUUGUUGUUGUUGUUGAGCAGCUGUGGACAAACUGAGGAGCUGCUCUGAUCUGCCUUCAUGUUAAAAACAGCUUGAAUCACAUGUUUACCUGAAGUUUUCAUGUUCAAACUCAAACUGCCCACACACACACCUGACACACACACACCUCAGGCACACACCUGCCACACACACACUGCAUCAGCUCCUGUUAAAUUCCUGCUCAUAAUAAAGUCUUCAUUAACAACUGAUGGCGAGACCCCCCCCGCAGUAAUACACUAUGGUGUCCAGUAGGGGUCAGUCUUCAGUUCAAGGUGUUCAGGUGGAGCUCAGACUUGCACAUCUCUGUGUGUGUGCAGUAACUACAGUGUCCAGCAGGGGUCAGUGUUGAGCAGCAGGUGGAGCCCUGAGGUCCAGGACCAGGUCCUGGUCUUCAGUAUCUCUGAUGCUGAUUGAAGUGAUUGGUUUUCAGGCUGCAGCUCUUUGGAUCAAUAAACCAUGAAACAGCAGGAGGAAAUAAAAACAUGUCUGUGCUUCA